AUGCGCAAGCUGCAAACGAACAUGCCAGAAACGACUACCCUGUCGAAACGGAACCUGGGUCCGCGACCCGCCGCCGUCACCAGGGUGGAGACCAAGCUGCCCCGAUGCGUGCAACGUAGAUUACCGUGCGUCCCCGCGUCCGUAAGAUGCCAUCCGCGAUCAAGUCCGUACCGAUGCACCGAUCAUCGCGUACCCAGACGACCGUACAGACUGGCGGUCGGGUUGUCGGUGGCUAGGCCCGGUCACGGCGUCCCGACGACGAUUCCCAAGAGCUCCGACCGAUGUCCGCCCGGCUUCCUGGCCAUUGGCACUCCUCGCUGCAAGAAGAGUCUGUCGAUGAUGGACUUGACCCUGCCCGUCGUCAAUCCUGACAUCGGCGAUCUCAAAUCAGAGAGCGAGUCUUCCGCCAGUCGUUUCGACGAAAUCGCCGACAGGGGCAAGGACAUCUUGGCGAACGGCGGGAGCGCCUACUGCAGCGGCAGGUCCUGGACGGACCGUACGCCGUCCUCGGAGUCCGAGCAGGGCGAAGCCGCCGGUCUGACGGAGGAUCCGACGAUCAAGGCGGCGAACGUGGUGUGCCGCAUGCUGGUACUGAACGCGUGGCGACGCAGACGCGCCGAGAUUGCGCAGCUGGAGCAACAGGUGGAACACCUGCACCUGCAGAUCGAGUUCCUGCGCCGAUUGCUGCUCGCCGAGAACGACCGGGUCGGCAGACUGAACGGCGAGCUGCAUCGCGAGAAGUCGCAGCUCGAGGAGACGACGCGUGAACGCGACGCCGUCAAAUCGGAAAAAGAAAAACUGGAGAUUGAACUGAAGCAUGCCGAGGAAGUCUCCCAGGAGCGAUUAGUCACCGUGGGAAACUUGAAGAACGAGCUUUUAACUGCACAGGAUCAGCUGAAGGCGCUCGACGCGCAGAUGGCGAAGGAUCGAGAGAAACUCUUGAAAUUACGAGAAGAUAAGAGGAUUCUUCUGGAUAAAGUGUCAGCCAGCGAAGCACUGGCGACGGAACGUGGUGCCAGGGCGGAAAAAGCGGAAUCUACCGUCGAGGAGUUGCAGUUGCGAUUAGUGGCACAGGUAUCCCUCGCCGAGUCUGCGCAGGAGCAGCUCCAGCGUGCUUCCAAGGAGUUGCAAACCGCGAUGGCCGAGAGGCAGAAAUUGGAGAAACGUCUGAAAGCUAGCGAGGGUAACGCGAAGACUCUGAGUUUACGCGCGAUUUCCCUGGAGAGUCAGCUGGCUGAUCGGGAAGUCGAGCUCCGCCGCGUCGAGAUGGAAUAUCACUCGCAGAUGGCUGAAUUGAACGAGCUGAGAGAGCGAUUGGUGCGACAAUCCCAGGAGGGUGGCUGGAGCAGUCGGAUACUGCAGAUCGCUGGGAGCAUCAUGCGCGUGUCCAUCCUGCGGACUUUCGCGUUUCUGUCCAGUGCCACUCUGCCGUUGCCGCCGUAGAUAAGGCAACUUGAGCGUGCUCGCAGUUUUCCAGGACAUAAGCCGAUUUAAUCGGAGGAAACUGAAUCGAAGGUACCGUUCGCUAUUACGUGUGUGUACAUAUUUGCGAACGUGCAAAUGUCUUCGGUCGUGAAGAGGAGAAUAUGUUUUAUGAUCAGAACGGAAGUUCGCAGAUAGGAGACUGGUAAGGACUGGCGCUCGCAGGGCAGUCGAGAAAUUAACAGGCAUCAGCAUUUCGUAUACACUACGUUUAAGAUAAAUUGUAAUUUUUUUUUUUAGUCAAUAUUUAAUUUUUGAGGAGUAGAGAUAUUUUAUAUACACGCUUUGUAUACACACGACAUAUCGUGCGUAUGCAUACAUUGUAGGCAGAACAAGCGAUUUUAUUACGUCACGUGGAUAUUUCGAUUUAUAGGAUAAAUUUUUCCCUUUCGCGUAAAUUCCGGAAGCAAGGAGAUAUAAUGUAAUGGACGGGGGGAGCUUAACGGGAUUUAUUGAAUAAAUGUAGACAUAUAUACCUUUUAAUCUAUA